AUGUUGUACAGAUCCCGAGGAAGGGCAUUUCUGGCAGGGUAUGCAGGUGCGACACUUCUUACCAGUUGGUGUGGGUUGCUUUUUUCCGGGCCCAGCUACGCCUUCUCCAGAGCGAAUGCGAAGACCGCGGUCUUCGCUGAGGGUCUCGGAGCGGAUCUGGGAGAAAAGGCUGAAGGUCUGGCAGCAAAUUUGCAAAGUGAAGAUCAACGAAGGGAAUGGCUUCAGCUCUUGGAGACUGGGAAAGAAGACUGGGAAGAUGUGAAACUAGUCCUGGGUUUGCUCUGGCAAAAGGCCGGGAAGGAGGGACGAGAUGGAGGACCCUUGGGAUAUCCAAUGGCCUUGGCUCGGCUCAUUGAGGGAGUUUAUGAAGGCUCUGACGGUGAUGAAAUCUUGGUGGCAGACAUCGAUGCACGGCUCACGCAAGUUCCGGAUGGCGACCCUGCUGGUGACCCGGAUCUGUGGAAGCGGUCUGUGGCACUCAGCUGCUUCAAGGAGCUGAGUUUUGUGAAGAGAGGCCUUUAG